AUGGUUGGUCCCGAGAUCUACCUCGUCAGCGGUUAUUACAAUCACCCUUCCAGGGACAUCUGGAUCCUCGAUUUCCGAUCUGGAAAGUUGCAUCAGGGUCCGAGUAUGCGAGUGGCUCGCCGUUUCACAGCUGUGGGACUAGUUGAUCAGAAAAUCUACGCUUUUGGAGGGUACGAAGUGGAAUAUGAAGAGAUCAAAGCGGACGUGUUUGACACGAAGACGCAAACUUGGGAAGUCACGGAAGUCGGGCCAGUUUUCAAUUUGGAAAGGUCAUGUCUAUGGAUGUCGGUGGUGAGCCCGUCACUAGACAGAAAGGUUUAUGUGAGGAAAUCUGCACAUGUCAUAGUUUAUGAUCCGAGAGAUGGUAACUGUGAGAAGAUUGAUAUACCAAAUGAUUAUUCGUUCAAUUACGACGUGUGUGUGAUAGACAAUAUGCUAUAUAUUUAUCGCUCUUAUGUUGGGUUAAUGUGGUAUGACUCAAAGAAGAAGUAUUGGAGAUUAGUUAAAGGCUUGAAGCUCGACGAAUAUUCUGCCUUUGAUAUCAGAAUGGGAGAAUACAAUGGAAAGUUGGUGUUUUUGCGGAACCCUUCUUCUUUGGAAGAAGAUAAGAAAAGGGAGGUUUGGUGUGCAAUGAUCGCAUUGGAUAGAAAUGGAGUAGAGAUUACAGGGAAUGUUGAGUGGUCUGUUCGCGUGCUUUCAGUCCCUUGUGACUAUAUGAUUAUGCAUUUUUUUGGUCGUACGGAUUAG